AUGCGGCAAGAUCAUCUUCAGCUUGCUUUAAUGAGAUGGGGCGCUCAUCCGUCAUCACCUCGUCAAAGCGCGCAAUCAAAUCCUCCACUCUUGCACAGCAGUGGGGUAGCGCUUAACAAUGGUUUGCUGGGCCAGGCACAACUGUAUUCUCGGGACAAAAAUGCCCAGAGGUAUGCUAAAUUCGUCAGCAUACUCCAACUUCUUGAAUGCGACCUGCGCUCGGUUGUAGAGAGGUCAUCGAAUGCCAAAGCCGUAAGAGUGAGGCAGAUGUACCAGUAUAACAUGUUCUUUAUGUGUCUUGCAUCUGGGGGAGCCUCCAUGGAACGCAACACCCUCAUCAUAUUUCCUAUCUCCUGGGGUGCAUUCCUGAAUGCGACAUACUCCCAGAUUGCCUGCAAGCUUGACAGCACGGUGCAGGAGCCCAAAGCGUAUGAAUGGUGUCGCUUUCGGGCACUUUUAAACCUUUCUUCGCAAAACGCCGGCCGUCGUAGUGGUCUUUGCUCGAGUAGUAAAGUAAAGCGCUCAGCAAGCAAGGCUGUUGUCCUGAAUAUGAAGCAGCUUCAUACCGCUAUCCUUGACGGUGACUUGAAUGGAAAGAGACCUGGCGUCAAGGCUGUUUUCCGGCAGCUCUUUUAA